AUGAGCCGAAAAGAGUUUCACAAGAAAAAAUAUGACGAAUUUGUCGAAAAGCAAGAAAACCAUAGGGGAAGAAAGUUUGCUGCCUCACGAAGAAAAAUGAGAGAUCCAUCUCAUGGGAGGUCGAAAGCUUUUAAACUGAAUAUCGAAAUGAUGAAUUCGGGCAGGAAGUCAAGAGAAUCACUUUCUCGUAUUCAGCAAUCUCAUGCAGAAGCAAGCAGCUCCAAUUUAUCAUGUUUAGAGACUAAAGGCAGUUGUCCCGAAGAAACUAGUGCCAAGAAAAAUGAAGAGCGAAGCUCUGUUGUUCGAGAUAUCCUUUUGUGUUAAUUUUUUACCAGUCAGAGUGGAGGUGUAUUCUGAUUACACGUGUAGCAUGAAAAUUUUGCGGGAGUUUUAUUUUGCGGAUUGGCGAUUUUUUGUGGUUUGCGGGAACAAAUUUUUGCGGUUCGAGAUGGCUGAAAUUUCUGGUGGGAACUAAUUUUUGCGAUUGUCUUUUCAAGUAGUAAUGCGUCUGGCUGCUUUAUGCUGAGAUUUUCACUACUCAAAGAUAAAUUAAUUUUAAAAUUUCUCUGUAGCCUCCAUACAUAAGCAUCAUGCGGGUACAAAAUACAGGUCACAUCUUUCCACGGGUUGGCUUACAGGACACAGGGUGUCACAAGACAAAUUAUUUAAAGGUCUGGCCCCAGCUGUUCAAAAGGCGGAUAACACUAUCCACCGGAUAAAUCUCGAUCCACUGGAUUGAGCUGUGAAGCCAGCUGUGCCUACAAUUUUUAAGUCAUUUGUCGAUAAAGCACUGACUGGUAAUCUUGAUCUGUGGAAUGUGACCUUAGUGCAUUUGUACCUGCCAAUAUUUUACAAGGUACCCUGCAAGCAGUGGUUUCUCCAGGCCGGAUGCGACAGGAGUGUUUUCUCUCCCUUCAUAGUAUUACAGUCAAACCAGGUCAAGCGUUCCUGUUGCUAACAAACUAAUGCAAUCAUUAAUGGAAAAAUGAUUUUGUUUGUUGAUUCAAUAAUCCAUUCAUAAAAUGAAUAAUCCAACAGUCAAAUUGUACCUCGAUUCAAUAAUCAAAUGUUGAUUUGGUUUAUGAACAAAAUCUACCUGUUCUUUAUUCUUGUCUGUUGUGUUCAAUCGUAUUAAUUUUGCUUCCCUUUUCCUGGCGUUUACGAUUGCGUUUUUCAUUGCCUUUAAUCAAAAUAACAGCUAGAAUAGACAGACCGCAAAUGCAAAGAAACUGACACAUAUCAAUCACCGCACAUACACUGACCUCAGUUUGACCGUCGUGUUUCUAAGAGUUCAGGCCUAGGUCUGUUGCACUGAUUACUGGCAGCAAACUGGCGUAGAUGUAACAGUUUGUUUGGGUUUGAACUUCAGAACUCGCCAGCACUCGACUCUCAGAAAAAGAAAAAGAGGAAAAAACAAAAUUCUGAGGUCAACUUGUGGAAAGUGUAAUUUUUCAAAAAACAGUAAUCGAAUCAACAUUCGAUUAUGGAAUUGAGGCUAAAUAUGACUAUUGGAUUGUUCGUUUUAUGAAUGGAUUAUUGAAUCAACAAACGAAAUCAUUUUUCCGUGAAUGAAUUCAUUAGUUCGUUAGCGAAGGGAACGCUUGACCUGGUUUGACUGUAAGUGUCCAUCCUGGAGAAACUAUCAUGCACAGGGUAUUUACAAAGCUGUGCUAUAAGAUAAAUUGCAAGGAGCCUAGUGCUCUGAACUUAUGAAAUCCAAUGUGCCCCCUCAAUGUUUAUUUAAAUUCGUGCUCGUUCUGCUUUGCGCUGAUUGGGUAAAUCUGACAGUGCAGUUGAGGGAGAGCCACAGGGGAAUUGGAGGUGGAAUUCAAAUUCCAGAGAUGUAGUUGCAAGCUCUCCAUCCUUUUUGCCGGAGUGCCUUGGAGAACUUACUUGCAGGUUACCUGCUGAUAUGAUAUUUGACCAAUCAGUGGGCAUGCAUCUGUGUAUUUUACAUUCAUUAUGAAGGCCAGCAGUGAUUGUGAACGGAGUGUACGGCAUUACGUGUGCUUAAAGUACAUUUCAAGGUACAAUUUAAAAUGGAAUAACACUUUCUCCCCACAGAGUUUCGAUCUAAAUUUUAUUGUAAUUAUUCCUUAACUAUCAUUACAAAUUCCAGGGUUCUAUUACGACCCAGCAAAGAAAAGAUACUUCAAAAUUUCCAAAGAUCAUCCUGUCAAGAAGUUUGUUUUAUGUCAGUGUGGUGGAUGGAAAGAUGUCUCACGCCAAAGUAACAAUAGAGUAAUUCCCAGUAAUAUCAAGGUCAAUAAAGUAAGUACAUUGUUGUAUUUCUGUUUAGAACUUUUUUAAUCGUAUUGGUGGCGUGGAAUAAUAGACCUAAGUGACUUGUGAUGUUAUAUCAAAUUCUCUAUUGAAAAAUAGAGUUUUAUUAUUUAUUCCAUUCUUUACAGUGGUAGUCACAACACUAGUUACAUUCACACCCGGGGGGGUUACUCCCAUAUAUGGGCUAUAUAGGUACGUGCCGCCGAAUAGGGUAUGGUUUUUGAGGUUCUCAGUCCUUAAAUAGGGUAUCUUUUUUGACCCUUUUGUUCUGUGUCCCUGGUGUGGUCCUUAGAUAGGGUAGCUUGAUUGUAUUAUCUAAUACUGGAGUGUGAAAACGCCCGCCUAAACGAACGGUUUCUUUUAAACUUGAUGUAUCCGUUUAAGUAUUCUAGUAUUUUAUGCUUGAUGCUAUACAUCCAAUGUUACAGAGAAGAAAUAACGUUUCCUUUUCAUGCUAUGAAUAAUUUUGUUCAUUCCUUGAAUAGGGUGUCAUUUUUUGGCUUUGGGCCUUAAAAAGGGUAUCAGUUUUCGCUUUCUUAGUCCUUAAAUAGGGUUAGGGUUCACAAACCUUCGCAGCACACCCCUAUCCAAACUUCACGGGAGUACCCCCCCCGGGCAUUCACAACACUCAUUACAGUCACAGCACUAGUCACAGUCAUAACACUUGUCACAGAAAUAACACUUGUCCCAUUCACAACACUCAUCACAGUCACAACACUUGUCAGUUUAUCAGAAGUCACUUGGGGCUUUUUUCGGGAUGAAAAGGUUUACAAUAAAGAAUUUUGUGGUUGUCAUGUGAUUUCAGAGACCAGCAAAGAUGUCCAUUGUUAAGCACCUUCAACAGAGGCAGUAUGUCUGUNAUUGUAUUAUCUAAUACUGGAGUGUGAAAACGCCCGCCUAAACGAACGGUUUCUUUUAAACUUGAUGUAUCCGUUUAAGUAUUCUAGUAUUUUAUGCUUGAUGCUAUACAUCCAAUGUUACAGAGAAGAAAUAACGUUUCCUUUUCAUGCUAUGAAUAAUUUUGUUCAUUCCUUGAAUAGGGUGUCAUUUUUUGGCUUUGGGCCUUAAAAAGGGUAUCAGUUUUCGCUUUCUUAGUCCUUAAAUAGGGUUAGGGUUCACAAACCUUCGCAGCACACCCCUAUCCAAACUUCAUGGGAGUACCCCCCCCGGGCAUUCACAACACUCAUUACAGUCACAGCACUAGUCACAGUCAUAACACUUGUCACAGAAAUAACACUUGUCCCAUUCACAACACUCAUCACAGUCACAACACUUGUCAGUUUAUCAGAAGUCACUUGGGGCUUUUUUCGGGAUGAAAAGGUUUACAAUAAAGAAUUUUGUGGUUGUCAUGUGAUUUCAGAGACCAGCAAAGAUGUCCAUUGUUAAGCACCUUCAACAGAGGCAGUAUGUCUGUUCAUCUCAAGCCCCACAAAGGUAACUUACUGUCUUCUUUGACCAAGAAUAAAGUUAGCCAAGGGUGAUCUGUUCUCUGAUGUUGGUAAACAAGAAAUUUGUUGUGAACUAUCGACAAAGCUAAAAAUAUAUAUUUUAAAAAAGAAAAAAAAUUUUUAGCCUGCAAAUAGUUCACUUUUUAACCUUAAGAGAAUUUUAUGGACAAGAAAUUUCUUAGUUCUAAAGAAUGUUUUUUUGCACAUGACUGAAGAGAAGGUAGUACAUCAUAACCCAACCCCCCCUCCCAUCUACUGUUCUGUAACCAUAAAACACAAAGGACAGGUGGGGGGAGGGCAGGAUGCAAAAAAUGUGCUGUUCAACAGCCCAGGGCUGGUGGAGCGACCCAUGUUUUUAUUUUGAGUUAUCCAAUGAGCAAACAAUAUUUGCAGAGAAAACGUAGUAACUGGGCUAGUAAAUUAUUUUGUAAACUCGACUUGCAGCCACUUUUGUUAGUGAAAGAGUUGACUGUGUAUGAUUUAUUCAUCUUUCUUCAGAAAUAUGUUACAAAAGCUCAUUCGUCUCUUGAAAGUGAAGCAGAGGUUAAGCUUAGACCCUCUCUCUGGAAAUGACAUUCCAGCAGAUAGAUAUGCCGUGUUCAGAAUAGAGGUGAGUGCCAUGCUGUACAUUUUUUUUAAUAUUCAGGCAUUCAAAUACCGGGUGUGACAAAUGCUGGUAAAUAAGGUUAUUUCUCAAUAGCAUUUGCAAUAUUUUGUAUGGAUUGCAAUGAUUGGAUGCAGUAUUUUGUGAUUAGUCUUUUGGAAUAACACCGUAUUACAAAUCUCAUAAGCCACAUAAACAUGUCAUGAAUGGUAAGCUGUUUGUUUGUUUAUUAUUUAUUUAUUUCAACAUUUCAACACUGGAAAUGGAAUUUUGCAUAGUGCUCUACCUGCAAUUUUAGUAGAUAAAUAACUCAAAUAAAUAAAUGAAUUUUAUUUGAAUGAAUAAAUUACGGAAUAUAGAAUGAAGAUGAUGUGAACUGUGCAAAUAAAAAAUUAAAUGAAGAUAUGAUUGUUGCAGUGGUAACUGUAAUUUAAGCAAUUGCAAAUUAACCCUAAAAAAUUUCAGGACUUCAACAGGAUUUGAACCCAUGGUCUAGCACUGCAGUGCUCUACCAACUGAGAUAUGUUUUGGCAUUAAUUUGCAAUUGCUUAAAUUGGAAUUUCCACUGCAACAAUCAUAUCUUUAUUUAAAUUACUAAAUAGUUAAAAAAAAAUAGUAGAGUUGUUUUUAUCAAGUAAGUAAGAAUUUAAUUUAAAUAUUAUUAAAUGUAAAUCUAGCAUGCAUGAUAAGGUGAGGCUGAAGAAGACUCACCUACAUUGUGCACGCUCUGUACAGUACAGUUCAUCCCUGAUUGGGGUAUAUCACAGAAAAGCAACAACAUUUCCAGAUCACUAUUGCAGGUAAGGGUGACUGAGUUUCAACAAUUCCCUGAUGAACAUGUCCACUGUGAAACCUUCAGUUAAGCUCAGUCUCCCUUAGGAAAUGGCCAAGUGAGUUUGACUGUAUUAUCUUCUAUUUUUUGAACAGCCAGAUGUAAAUCAUAAAAGGCUUCUAACAUUAUAUGAGACUGUAUCACCUGGUAACCAAAUGUAAGUUUUUCCAAAUAUUAAAAAAUAAUAGACUUUUUAGUAGACUAAUUUCUUGUGGACUAAAGGAUCAUGUAAAACAAACUUGUGAAAAUAUUAGAAUGCAUAGUUAUACAUAAAGCUCUUUUUACUGUCUCAUGGCUCUUAUUACCAUUGUCAACAUCACCCCAUCACUUUCAUAUGAAAUUACUGGUAAAGGUAGGUAAAGGCACACAUGAGCCAAAGGUCCAAACCGCCAGAGUUCAUCCUGAUUUCCUUAGCAUGAAACAUUUUUAGAAGUAUUACUUCUCCUCCCUGGGCAGAUGCUAGUCCAUCGAAGGGUUACCCCUCAGCAGUACAUGUAUGUUGUUGAUACCCAUUUAUAAACUUGGGUGAAGAGAGUCAAAGUGAAGCAAAGUUCCCUGUGUAAGGAAACAACGCAAUGGGUGAGGCUUGAACCCCGGACCUCCAGAUCCGGAGUUCAAGGUGUUAACCGCUCAGUGACACAUGCCUCCACUAUGAAAUUACUGAUGUGGCCAAUAGUUGAAGAGUUGCUUUGUCCUGCUUUCUUGCUCCCCCCCAUAGUUUUUACGUUUUGUAAAUAGAGAAGCAAAAUCAUAAUAUUCACCAACACAUUAUCAUAAUCAUCAUCAUUUGUCAUUAUUAUUAUUUUUAUCAUUGUUAUUGUUGUUGCUAACAUCAUCAUCAUCAUCAUCAUCAUCAUUGUUAUCAUCAUCAUCAUCAUCAUCAUUAAAUUAAAAUUAAUUGUAAUAAUGAUCAUUGCCAUUAUCAUUGUAAUCAAGGCUGCUGCCUAACGGGCGCCCGGUCGCCAGAGGCGCCCAAGGUAAGAGCAUGGGCGACCAAAUUUCGGUACAAGGAGCCCGCGCGGGCGCCUGACUUAACACACGGCAUUAGACUUAACCUCCUUGUACAUUAUAUUCCUUUAGCUGGAGUAGGACUUUAAACAGUGGAACUGUUGAUAUGGUUAGCGAUGAUGCGAUUAGGCAGUAUAAAAUUUCCACAAAUAAACCGUAAAUUAUGUAAACCUAACGUGUUCAACUGUGAAGCUUUGUCGAAACGAACGAAGCCAUCGUUUCCGAGUCCGGAUGGCAGUUGAAGACUGGGUCUGAGAUUUGACUUCCAAAUAUGGAAUAGCAAAAUUAUGGGCUGUUUGUUGCCUAUGUUGACAUUCGUGCAGUUCAUCGUUUGCUUGGGUUUUCGUCGAUUUGAUAACUUUUUUGUGGCGAGAAUGGGAAGCUAUCUUGCGUGCUAUCGACUGGACGUGCUUGAUGUUCGAUUUCAUGUACCAGUUUGCAACGUAUGAAAGUAAAUAAUUCGGUUAAUUCUUGUUUACGUGUUAUUUAUUAGGCCCGGCGAAUUCUUAUUAAAGUGUGCAAGAACCUCUAUAACCUAUGUAAUGAUCUUGGAAAAACAAUACAUGGAUUUCAAACUGGGCUCCUAACAAUGUGGCUCGGGCUCCUAACUUUAAACUUUAGGAGCCCGAAGGGCUCCCUAAAAUUUUUCUUAGGCAGCAGCCUUGAUUGUAAUCAUCACCAUCAUUGUUGUCGUCAUUGUCAUAUUAAAAAGUGGACAUUAUCAGUGCUACUGUCAGAACAGAUGCUUAUUGUGGAAUUUUUUUUGUGUACGUGUUUUAGAGCCCAAUUUCAUAAUUUAUCAAAUGAUAGAAAGAAUAAUCUUGAGAUUGUGCAUCACAUGGCCAUGAUAAAGAAUCAGGUGGGAAUUUCUCUUACUCUUUUUUUUGUCGUGGACACCUUUUUGUUUUUCUGUUACUUUUGCUCAUUUUAUUCUCCUUUUUAACGAUGUUGUAGAAAAUCAUUUGUAAAGUUUUUAUACAAAUACUGAACCUGUCCUGCUUUCUAUCAUUCUAGAAAAUAACGGGUCUAUUGUGGAGUCCCCACGAGUCUUCAAAAAAUCUCUACUUGUAUCCUUAGUUUAUAAAAAUAUACAACUAUAAUUUCAAAAUAAAAUAAAUAAUAUUUACUCUUAUUGACAGAGUCUUGCUAACUGAUUCUAAGUUUUGUGCCCGUGUGUACUUUAAGGUUAAAAGCUUAAAAGCUGGGCUACCUGUGAUCCUACCACCACAUUUACUACAUUAAACACCGCGGCGUUUAUUAAAUUUUCUGCGUUUUUAAUGCGGCGUUCAUUCAAUGGCGUUUAUAAUCACAUUUCGUAAAUCACUGAAAACGGUAAAUAAUUUGUAAAUAUUACGUGUAACAAAAAGAUGUUGUGGUUCCGUUGUCUCUCGUUGAAUCGUAAAUGUCUGGAUAGUGUAGAUUACCAAAUUGUUCCGAGUUUCCGCAUUCUUUCGAUUGGGUGCGGCGUUAUUCGGGGGAGGCGUUUAUUGGUAAUUUUGUGUCCAUCUGCGGCGUUUGAUUUAGUAAAUACGGUAAACAAAACGAAAACAAGGCCCAUUAAAUACAUUAUACCAGUAUAUUUAGACUGCAAAACAGUCCGUAUUUUUGCGUAUUCAAGUACGCGCGAGCAGUCAAACAAAAGGUCUGGAACGAGGCUGAAAACAGAGGGGUGGGGGGGGGGAGGGGGACUUGCGCGCUUUGCACACGUAAGACUGUUACGCCACGCUUUACCGAUUUCUUUACUGAUUUUGAGAAAAAACCGACUGUUUUGCAGUCUAUAGUAUAUUAGGACACACAUGGUUCCUUAACGAUUCCUUCCAGAAUAUCUCUACUUGGACACGGUAUCAUGUCUGGAGAGACCAUGAUUUUUCAAGUCGAUGGUGCUGUACAACGUAAAUGUCAAUGUUUUCAAUAUGUUAAGAUGAGUGUUAAGAAUAAGGCGUGAAUCUGCCAUCAUUGCGUGAUAAUAGUUGUUGUCGUUAAUAUUACUAGAAGCGAUGUUUUACCACAUUUGGCUGUAAAAAGAAAACAAAAGAUAUAAGAAGAAAAUAGUGUAGGGAUGUUCUAUAAAUACAAGAAAGACCACUAGAUUUUUUUUCUUGUAGAACAUUUUUACGCUAUUUUCUUUUGAUACGUCGUCAUAUUUUUUUAACCUUUUUUCAAAAGUUUUUAAAAUGCUAAGCAAAAUUUUACCACAGUGUUUUAUGGCCAUAUCGAUAAAAUGACACGGUAAUAGUUAACCACAGCGAGCAAAUAAGUAAACGCUUUUGAUGUCAAUUAUAUGUUAAUCUCUUUGUCUCUUUAGUCGAACAACAUAUUUUGGCCGGUAAAUGCCACUCGACUGUGUUAGUGAAAAAGGAGUGGCUAAUUAAUCUAACCUCAUUGCAGACUUUUACCAUUCUCUUUGCCGAGGAACCUUAAGCAACCACGACGACGACAACAACAACAACUUCAAAAAAACAAUAGGUUUAAUGAUCAAAACAACAACUCUGCACGUGCGUCACGCUUUUUAGUACAUUUCUUUGACGUCCACUGCACGACUACGACGUGAAACCUCCUAAUUUGCCUUUUUAUGGAGGGUGUGAACAUACCACUACGAAUUUUUCUUCCUCUCUUUGAACCUGAAUAAAAUCCCUAACGAAUUUAACUCCAGGAAAAGUCGCCUGCAUUUGACAUAUUGCGCGGGGCCAAAUAGACGCGAUUAAAUUUGAAAGAACGCAAAUUCAUUUUUUUACCGACGUUUUCAUUGCCGUCGUCAUCGUCCUUGCUUAAGAUCCCUAGUUUUCUACUGUAACGUGACUUCAAGAGAGUAACUCGUUCAACUUUGCUUUCCCGUCUUUUAGUCUGCUGACUCCAGAGUUAGUAUGGGUGAUGACAUAAUUCCUCGUAAAAUGAAGGAUUAAUAUCGCUUGUGUUUUCAGAAGUUGCAGAAAUUGUCCGAGUCGCGCAGAGACGAGAGCAAUUUCUGAUAAAGAGGGCAAGAUUUAUUUUAUUUCUUAAAGCGCGCGUUCUUACCUAAUUUCUUAGGAAACCAUAUGUGUUUAUUUUGGAUCGAUGAACCGUAAAAGCGCGAAUGAGGUGAUAUUUUUUUGCGACACAAAUGAUUUCGCCUGCCAGCCGUUGCAAGGUAAUUUUGCCUUCCGUGGAGCGAAAAUUAACAAAAAAUGCUCUCUGUCUUGACCAAUCAGCAUGCAUUCACUAAUUUUGCCCUCUCUGUUAUAAACGUGUUUUAAAACACAUCUCUACUUUAGGUAUAGUUGGAAGAAAUACUGUUCAUGGAAAUUCAGUGUGGACCAAUGCCUGGAGUAGAAAUCCUCUGUUCAGUCAUAUAAUUAGUAUCGGUAAGUGGUUUUCAUUAAAUGGGCCGCUUUGUCACGGCAGUCCAGUACACUUUUCAAGUUACUCGUUCGAGUUCAAGUUUAUUUCUUUGCCACAUUUCAAAACUAUAAAAUUCUCAAUAUAAAAAGCUAAUAGCGAGGAAGCCCAAGGGAAGCCACUGGUCUUAAAAGUAAUAGGCUUCCUCAAUUAAUUAUUAUAAACAAGUUAACAGAAGUGUAACAAUUAAGUCAAAUCAAUGACGGAGCUACUUUACAGUAAACAUUAUAAUAUAUGUAUUACAGUAUAGUUAGGCUAAAAUGCAAGGCGAAAAGGGAAAAAAACUCCAUACUCUGUAGUAUGGAAUUAAGCGACAACAUUACUUGUAAAUGACAAGAUUUCAGUUUCGUAAGAAACAUACAUGUAUCCCGUGCUUUAUAAGUUAGACCCAACAGAGAGAGAUUUUUGAGAACUGUUGGGCUGAACAGUUUUCAAAAACCCAAAUUGCAAUCCUUUUUACUCUCAGUUUUCAGUUUUUCCCCUCCGUGUUUUCUUUUGUAUAUGCAUAAUCAAUCAUUUGUCUUAUUCGAAUCUUCCGUUAAUGUCUUAAGCGUUCAAUUUCAUUUUGUUCAUGUUAUGGACAUUACUUUGUGCCUGAAUUAGUUUAAAUUUCGAGAUUCAUUUCUAUUAAUGAAUUCUCCAUACACUGCAAUUCAGUGGCGGGCUAGCUUGCUCAGUCAGUAUGAAUUACGACUGAUUACGAGUGGACUGCGGACUACGGACCAGGUGGGUGUAAAACGAGGAAUGUCCGAGUAUUAGGCACGGAAUACGGACUACGGACUAGGUAUAACCGUGUGAAACGCUGAGUACAGAAAGUGUAUUCAACGCCAGACCAGUGAUUAAAAUAAAAACAGAGAUUUGCAGAUUGUGGGCUAGUGUAGAAAACGAAAUGCGCACGGAGCGCCCCUCUUUUGUUCUUCUCGUAAAUUGCUUUUCUUUUUAGGAGCAAGCAAGGUCGCCCUCACUUUGGACGUGAAUACAAGGCGCCGUGUAAUACAUGUGAGAUGUGACAGUGAUGUGUUUGCACAGGAGUUCUCGCGGAAAGUAAGAACUAUUCAAACCGUAACUAUAAGAUUUAAGUUGUUUAAGAUGGGUUCUAAAGUUUUUAAGGGGCUGCUUGUAGGAAAUUUGUGUCUUAAGUGUUUCAAAUCGCGAUCAAAUACGUGUUCGUUUGUUUUUUUGUUAAUGAACCCGAGAAAAUAGAAAGUCUAUUUCAUAACUUGACAUAGAAGAAUAUUUCAUAACUUGAAAUAGAAGAAGAUUGCAGUCAUUACAUAUAAUUUAAGUCUGAAUUUUGUAUCAUUUAUCAAAAUGGCAUUACUAAUUGAAAUAGUAGUUGGAUUUGUAUAAUGAUUAUAGAUUUAGUCAGGUAAAUGAUUUUUUAUCGUGAAUAAUGACUUUUUGCGCCCUUUGUGAAGGCUGCAAGUAAGCAAUUCCCCCCAAAGUUCAUUUCCUCAUUAUCAUAUGGAUGGGUUGGCGACAAACUAAGCAUGCGCUUUUUCCCCAGAAUCCAGUCCUCUACAAUGGAUCACGUGACGGAUAUAUACGCACGUGUGAUGUUCGUUUGUCGGGUUCCAAUUGGCCCGUCAUGUGUCUAAGCCAAGGAAAGAUGGCGUCUGUCACGUGCUUGCGCGAACUACACGACGAAAACUAUCUGCUUUCUAGUGGAUUGAACGGAUCGGUAAGGCCUUGUAUUGAUAGAAAAAAGAUUAGGAAAAGAAUCCGACCCAUUUUUUCGGACACAGAGGGGACCCAUUGUCCUCAUUGGUGGUACUGUAACGUCUGUAUUAGCAUUUUUACCCUUCUGUGAGAAUCGUUUGACUGGACAAGAAAGGAAGUGUCUGUUGUCCGCAUUGACAGGCGUCUGUGUUCAGCAGCUUUGAAUUUCGAGGCAAUUUAAGGCCCUUCCCCAGGGACGAGGUAAGGGCUUUUCAGUACAACGGAGUUCAACUGUAUUUUAUACGUAUAUUUUCUUGUGCAAUUAUUGUUAAAAAUGGGAAUUGUAUUUAAGCAUUGCAAAGCAAAUCACUUUGUUAUUGUCUUUGUAUGUUUGGAUUUAGACUUCUCUUUCUAUUUCACGUAGUGUCGUUUAAGAUUUGGUCAUUUUAUGUGCUUCAACUUAACCUCUGUUGUGCGUGUUUUUUUUUUGUCAUUAGCUAAAACUGUGGGACGUUAGGAUGACGGCCUGUGUGCAGAAUUAUACAGGGCAUGUAAACGAGAUUACACACGGUCUUCCUUUCUACCUCGACGCUAGCGAUUCUCUCAUCUUUGCGGGUAAGUUUUUAGGUUUUUUAAAGCCUUUACAAUUAUUAUCAUGGAACGCACUCUGGCUGUCAUGCUAAGGAAAUAAAAUGAGCAAUUUGUUUAGGUAAUAGCAUGAUUAGUAUUGAUAUUUGGCAUAAAUACCACGAGAGAUAUUUCAAAAUUGUUAUACGUAAUUUCACGAGCCGUUAGGCGAGUGAAAUUUGAAACAAUCUUGAAAUAUCACGAGUGGUAUUUAUGCCAAAUAUCACGUACAAAUCAUGCUAUUAUAUGUUAAUACUACUACCCGCAAAAGAUUUGUAAUUUUCACAUGUAGGUAUUUCAAAUUAAGCUGAAAUACCACUACUCUAAGCCAAUCAAAUUGCAGUAAUUUCUCAUGUAGUAGUAUAACAGGUGAAAGAAAAGGAUCAAGUUAAUGCCUGUAAGGGCUACAUUUGAGACUGCGUUCGGGCGAUUGGAUGAUGACGUCGUUUUACUACAACCACCAGAAUUCUCCAGUUUGUUGUUUUCUUGUGUAAAUUUGGGCUAUUGUUUUUUAAACCUCAGCAGGAUUGACAAAUUUAAAUAAGAAAGCAAAAACGAAAUGAGUUGUGGUAGUUGUAGCCAGAUGUCUUCUUCGUGAAAAUGGCCCAUUCUUACGAGCUCGGAGUUCGAAGAAGCACCACACAAACAAAUCAAAAAUUCAACGCCGCGUAAACACGAUUUUUUUUUAUGACUAUUGCUGCGUCAUUGAGAAGACAAUCAAGAAAAAUCCACAUUUACUAAUUUAAAAGUCGAGCGUUUUUUAAAGGAACCUUAACACUGUUCUUUUCUUUUUCAGCUGGACAAGAUUCAGUGACCCGUAUAUGGAGUGUGUCAAGCGGUGAACUGCUUCACUCAAUACCAUUUCCCAACGAUGUGGACAAGUCACUGAGUUCCAUUCCCGCUCUUUACUAUUCAGAGGAAUGGGGCGGGAAGGGGGGCAUGCCGGGAUUGCUCUAUGGGGCUGGUGACUCCAUUUAUGUUUACUCUUACUGA